AUGGCAGCUGACAAGGCCCGUUUCUAUUUGGAGAAGGCGGUACCUGAGCUGAAGGAAUAUGAGAAAAAGGGCAUCUUCUCGAAAGAUGAGAUUCGCUCUAUUGCUAAAAAGCGGUCCGAUUUUGAGCACAAAGUCAAUGCUUCAGGCGUGUCGCCGUCUGACUUCGCCCGAUAUGCCGAAUACGAAAUGAACCUUGAGACCCUGCGAAAGAAGCGCACGAAGAGACUCGGUGUCAAAGCUGCGGCGCAGCAUACGGGGCGCCGCACCUUAUUUAUCUUAGAUCGUGCUACACGGAAGUGUCCUGGGGACUUGGGGCUCUGGGUUCAAUAUAUUGAAUUCUGUCGGCAGCAGAAAAUGUACCGAAGACUCAGCGACGUAUUCGCUGAUGCGCUGCGGUUACAUCCUUCCAAGGCCGAAUUGUGGAUUUAUGCGGCCAAAUACACACUGGAAGAGCAUGCCGAUAUGACACAAGCACGAAGUUACUUUCAACGGGGUCUUCGCUUUUGCAAAACCCAGAGGAAUAUGUGGGUCCAAUACGGAAAACUAGAAUGUAUCUACAUUGCCAAACUUUCAGCCCGUCGACGGAUCCUGGGAUUAGAUCAGCCCCCGCAAGAAAAGUCUGCUCUCACAGAGGCUGUUGAUGAGGAUGCUGAUAUGAUGGCCCUUCCAAAAAUCACCGCUGAGGAUAUCAAUCCGGAACUAGGGAAGGAAGACGGCGUGGACGAAGGAGCACUGAAGACACUCGACGCAACACCUGCACUCACGGGUGCUAUCCCCAUGGCAAUAUUUGAUGCAGCAAUGAAACAAUCAGCGAAUAAUCCUAUUCUGGCCCAUGAGUUUUUUGACAUGAUUUUUGAAUUCGAAGAUCUUCCAUGUCUACGGAAGAUCGUUGACCAUGUUGUCGCCCAACAAUUAUCGACAUCACCCAACACAUAUCACACGGCUAUAUGCCAUAUCAAAUCGCCUGUUGCUGGAAUCCGAGUUACAUCACCAGAAUUUCCUCGAGCAUUUGGCACGUCUCUCAGCCAUAUGAAGAAAUAUCAGAUGGGAUUUGACCUCGCGCAAGAGUUGACGGGGUGGUUAAAGGUGUUGUCGGAGAACAAAGAGCUUGAUCCAUCACUUCAAAAGGCGGUUAUGAUGACGAUAGGCCGGGUACAAAGGGACCUCGCACCGAAGCAUGGCUCACAGGACUAA